AUGAAAACAAAGGGUUCUGCGGGUCCGUCCGGAAUGGAUGCGGAGCUGUAUCGAAGAAUCCUUUGCUCCAAGAACUUCAAGACUGAGGGCAAGAUCUUGAGAGAAGAAUUAGCAAUUCUCACCAGAAAUCUAUUGAAGACGAGUUACCAUCCAUCCCUACUUGAAGGUUACACCUCCUGCAGACUCAUCCCACUAGACAAGAAUCCGGGAAUUCGACCAAUCGGAGUAGGCGAGGUUUUGAGGCGUAUUAUUGGUAAAACAGUUACCACCUUCCUAAAGGAGGAAAUCCAGGAAGCAGCAGGCCCCCUUCAAGUUAGCGCUGGACACAGUGCAGGGGCCGAGGCUGCCAUACACGCCAUGAGCCAAGUUUUUGCACAGGAGGGGACAGAUGGGAUAUUACUGAUUGAUGCCAGCAAUGCAUUCAACCGAAUGAACAGGUCUGUAGCUAUGCACAACAUUCGCAUAAUCUGUAAAGAAAUGUCUAUAUAUAUUAUAAAUUCGUAUAGGGGUCCAUCCAGGCUAUUUAUAUCCGGCGGUGGCGAGAUAUUGUCACAAGAGGGAACCACACAAGGUGAUCCCCUGGCUAUGCCCUGGUAUUCGGUUACUACAUCCAGCAUGAUCCAGAGCUUGAGGAUACAAACCCCAGAAGUUAAGCAGGUAUGGUUGGCUGAUGACUCAGCUGGGGGAGGAAAGCUGGUGCCAUUGUAUGAUUGGUACAAGCAGUUGACUCUCGAACGAACGAAGUAUGGCUAUUUCGUCAAUGGAUCAAAAAGUUGGUUGAUUGUCAAGUCGGAGCUCUUAGCAGAGGAAGCUAAGAAGGUGUUUGGGGAGGAAGUGAAUGUUACAACAGAAGGUCAUAGCCACCUUGGAGCCGUUAUUGGAUCCAAAGAUUACAAAGACCAGUACUGUGGUGAUAAAGUCCUCAAAUGGAAGAAAGAAAUUGAAGCACUCUCUGAAAUUGCGAAGAAUCAACCCCAUGCAUCAUAUAUUGCCUUUACAAAGAGUUACAAAUCUAAAUUUACAUACUUCAUGCGGACAAUUGAAUCGUUUGAAGAAUAUGUAGAUCCAAUCCAUGAAGCGAUUGAUGAUUUGUUUCUUCCAACACUCUUUGGGCAAGUAGAACCGCUCCCCGGUGAGCUACGUCAGCUUUUCACGUUGACACCAGCGCAAGGCGGCCUUGGUAUACCAGACUUGAGAAUAGAUGCCCCACAGCAGUAUGCUGCAUCAACAUCUAUAAUGUCAUCGUCACACAAAGGCCCUUCAAGACGAAAGGCGACGUAUCCACAGAAGAUCGUAAAAUUUACCACCAGUCACUUAAAACGGCUUCCGUCAAAGCAAGAAUGGAAACUAUUGACUCUUCUCUGUCUAAUGAGCUCAUGCGUUUGGUAA